UACAUGUGUGAACAAGACAAAGCCGGACAUGAAUCAUAUCCAGGAUCACCGCAGCUGAAACUGCUCUGCGGGGCCGAUUUCCUGGAGACAUUCAAAAUUCCUAAGCUGUGGAGGGAAGAGCACAUUGUGGAAGUGGUCAAGUUUGGCUUGGUGUGCGUCAGUCGCGGUGGGACAGACACACACAGGUUCAUACACGAGUCGGACACCCUCACCAGACACCGGCACAAUAUCCAGAACGAAAUCUGCUGGGCUUUACGCUGGGGACAGUCAGGUACCUGCUCCCAGACUCUGUCAUCGAGUACAUUAAACAGCAUGACAGGUGACAUCCUGCAACCCCUAACAACAAAAAGCCCUGUCGCCCGUAGAAAGUAG